GUAUCUAUCAGUGCAUGCGUGCGCGAGUGCGUGCUUCGGCUGCUUCUUGUCACUCAUUGUGCCGCGGCUGCGAACACGGGUAGCGCGACCAGGAACCAAAAUCCCCCCUCAUCCCGCUGCAGUUGUUGUUGUUGUCCGCGGAAAAGGCUGCUGCCGUCUCGAUCCCCGCUGCGCACAGAACAGCUCGCUGUUUUAAAGUCCGUCUGUUCUUCAAGGAGAAUAUCUGUGACUCACUGCCAUGCUUCAAACCAGGGACAUCAUCUGGGGAUUGCUCGUCAUUGGCUGCGCAGCUGCUAUUCAGGUGCAAAUCACUCCGGCACAGGGGGAGAUCAGCGUAGGAGAGUCCAAAUUCUUCCUCUGCGAAGUGACAGGGGAUGCUAAAGACAUCGACUGGUACGCCCCGAGUGGUGAGAAGAUCGUUCCUGGAACGCCGGACCUCUCUGUGACCCGCAACGAUGAAGCCACGUCCACUCUCAUCAUCUACCAUGCCAGCGUGGACGACGCCGGCAACUACAAGUGUGUGGCAAAGAACGGGGAUCAGGAGGCUCAGACCACGGUCCCGGUGAAGAUCUUCCAGAAGAUCCACUUCAGGAACGCACCCAGUCCUCAGGAGUUCAACGAAGGAGACGAUGCCGACAUAAUCUGUGAUGUUGACAGUUCACCGCCAGCCAACAUCAUCUGGAAGCACAAGAGCUCCAGGAUCCAACCUGCCAAAGACGUGCGAUACGCUUUCCUGGAGAACGGCCACCUGCAAAUACGAAGCAUCAAGAAGACGGACGAGGGCCCAUACACCUGCGAGGCUCGCGUCAUGGCCAGAGGAGAAAUCGACUUCAGGACGAUGUCGGUCAUCGUUAAUGUGCUCCCCACCAUCCGGGCCAGGCAGUCCGAGGUCAACGCGACGGCAGACAUUGGUAGCCCGGCUUUGCUGGCUUGUGAUGCAGAUGGCUUCCCAGAACCCACCGUGACCUGGGCACACAACAAUGUCGACCUUGAGACGGGUGAAAAAUACAGCCUUAACGAAGACGGCUCUGAGUUGAUUAUAAAAGAUGUCACGAAGGUGGAUGAAGGAGAUUACGUUUGCAAGGCAAAGAACAAGGCGGGAGAGAAGACGGAGGAAGUCAGCCUGAACGUGUUCGUGCAACCCAAGAUUACUUUCCUGAACAACCAGACUGCCUCGGAAUUUGACGAGCAAGUCGUCCUGACGUGUGAGGCGUCAGGUGAUCCCACACCCACGAUCUCCUGGAGUUUUGGAAACAGGGUCUUUACCGAGGGAGAGCAGGCUUCUUGGACGCGACCAGACAAAUACGAGAGCAUUGACAGGAACGUUGUGGUUCGCAGCCACGCCCGAGUGUCCUCCCUCACCUUGAAAAACAUCCAGUUCACGUACGCCGGACAGUACCUCUGCACUGCCAGCAACUCCAUCGGUCAGGACAACCAGCACAUGCACCUGGAGGUCCGCUACACGCCAAAGAUCCUGGGCAUGGUGACAGUGUUCACGUGGGAGGGAAACGCGGCCAACAUCAGCUGCGAGGUGGACGCCCACCCCGAAGCCUCGGUGGUGUGGUUCAGAGACGGCUUCCAGCUGCCGGCCAACGCCACCAACAUGAAGAUCUACAACACGCCACCCUUCAGCUACCUGGAGAUCACACCCGAGUCUCAGAGCGACUUUGGGAGCUACAACUGCACAGCAGCCAACAUGAUGGGCUCUGAAUCCAAGGAGUUCCUUCUCAUCCAAGCAGUGGUACCAUCAUCACCAGAAAUCCUACAAGUGGAACCUUUUUCCAGCACAGCGGUGGUGGAGUUUGAGGAGCCCGAGUCCUCGGGAGGUGUUCCCAUCAUCAAAUACAGAGUGCAAUGGCGUUUGGCCGGAAGGGAAUGGACCACCAAGGAGUACCAUGUCGGGGAUGCAGACAUGACCACAGUCGCCAUUGUUGGCCUGAAACCUGAGAGCAACUACGAGGUCAAGAUGUCCGCCAUCAACGGCAAAGGCGAAGGCGAGAGCAGCCUCCCAGGCUCUUUCAAGACCAAGCCAGUCCAGUUUUCUUUGACAAUGACCUCAUCGGUACCGCCCUCUUUUGCCGCCACCAGUUUGCCCCUUAGAGAACCGAGCGCUCCCAAACUAGAGGGCAAGCCCCAAAACGGGGGCAAUGUCCUUAAAGUGAAGUGGACCGAGCAGGACGACGGCGGUUCUCCGAUCAAACAUUACCUGGUCAGAUACAAGGCUACGCACGUGUCCGACUGGAAGCCGGAGAUCCGCCUCCCCUACAGCAGCGAGUACGUGGUGCUGAGUGGCCUGGACUGGGAUACAGAGUACCUGGUCUACGUGGUGGCAGAGAACCAGCAGGGCAGGUCUAUACCUGGCGUCCUUCGCUACAGAACAGAUGUAGAGCCGACUUCCGUCCCAGAUAAGCUGAACAGGGGUUCAGGACUGGGCACCGGCGCCAUCGUGGGCAUUCUCAUCGUCAUCUUCUUCCUGCUGCUGGUCGGCGUGGACGUCACCUGCUACUUCCUGAACAAGUGUGGCCUCCUCAUGUGCAUCGCCGUCAACUUCUGCGGGAAGGCUGGCCCCGGCGCCAAGAGCAAGGACAUGGAGGAGGGCAAAGCGGCGUUCACGAAAGACGAGUCCAAGGAACCCAUUGUCGAGGUGAGAACGGAGGAGGAGCAUACCCCAAACCAAGAAGGACGUGGUCCCACUGAGCCCAAUGAAACCACUCCACUGACAGAACCGGAGCCUGCGGCUGCAGAAGCCGCCCCCCCGGUGGUCAACCUUCUCCCCUCCGCUACCCUCAACUCGGUCACCGAGAGCGUUAGCACGACGCAGAGUAGUCCUGCUAGCGAGAGCACUGCCCUAACCAUCAGCACGUCCAGCCCAACCAAAGCCACUCCCGCCAGUUCCCCUCCCAAAACUGCACCCCAUUCCAGUUCCAUUAAAUCCAACCCCCAGCCUGCUGUCGGCGCCCUGGUUGACGUGAGCGACACCUCCAAUGCCGUCCCUCCCUCCACCCAAACGUCUGUGUCAGUCAGUCCCACCUUGGCUAGCGCCGACGGGCCGCAGAGUAAGAGCGAGCCGGUGAAAGCCCCCGACAGCACGCAGAGUACGGACUUACAAGUAGACGGCCCGACCGAAGACGCCCCCAAAGCCCCGUGCACAGACCCGACCGCCCCGGUCCACAAUGAUGGUAAAGCUGUGAAGGAUGAGAACGGCAAAAGUGAGACGGAGGUGAAGAACGCCACAACUGAGGUGAAGACGGUUCCCAACGAGGCUCCUCAGGCGAACGGCAACGAAAGUAAAGCGUAACGUCCCUGCUCGGACGGCGGCGGGAGGAAGAGGGCGCUCUGGGGCGGGAGGGUUGGGGCUGUGGGGUCUAACAGGUUAAAGAGGGGGUGGUCAUAGUCACUGAAACCUCACGGUCAUUUCACACACCACCCAAUUACGAAAAAACAACAAAAAGAAAAGUCCUCCUCUACUGUUUCAUCCGAGCGGGAGCAUGUCCGAGACCUCAUGCACUCGCGUUGGCUCCUUCUGCAUCAGCUCGUCUGUACUUUUAAUUUGAGCAUCUGUUAAAUAAUGGUUAUAAUCUUGUUUCCACGGGAACUGAAUCGGAGUGUAAUGUAGCUUUUGUUCACAGAUUUAUUGCCACCUUGAUGCACACAGAUGUAAGACAUGUACAUUACCGACACUACCAUCCUUUAUGCAGUCUGGUCGUCCUUAAGGGAAUGCAUUAUCUUCUUUUUUUCCUUUGUUGCCAUUUUUUGUGGUAAAUUAACGUCCACGCUGCCUAUUAUAGCUUUUGUUUUUUUUCAAGUGUCGAAUUAGAAUAUCGGCAUGCCCGGUUUUGCAAAGUUACUGUAUUUCUGUACAUGUUUCUGUGAUUGUUGUCCUUUUUUUUUGUGUGUGUGUCUUGAGGCGGGUUUCCGGUUUCGGUUUGUUUUUUUUGGGGGUUUUCCUCUCCGUACGGGUUAUAGGACCAAGAUACAAUUGUUCGAGAGUGGGGGUGGGGGUAACUACAUAUACUGUUUUUUUUCUAUUGCAAACAAAAUAAAUGAUGUAGUAUUUGGUUUUCAUCAUGUUCGAGACACAUUUCCAAACCUCUGAGGGGUCCAACAGGGUCCACCCAUGCACGGACGUGCAGCUUAAAUUUACAAAUCAAAACAAUUGGGUUACCAUCAAUGCAUUAAAUGACUGUUUUUUAUUUUGGUGUUAGAUUUCAUAACGGUGUCUCUCUGCAUAAAUGUCCUUGGAAGUGUGGUUUUAAAGGCUGAAUACGUCAGGAAAGUCCAAAGGAGGAAGGCUGCCUUAUUUUGUCUGAAUUGUGUCUAAAGUAUCCUGAAACUCCUUUUGCUCUCCAUCAAUGGUCAUCAGAAGAUUAUCAGGUUAUCAAACACAAGGGGUCGCAAGAAGAUACACAGGCUGGAACCAGGAAAAGGGGGUGCUACCGGUAAAUAAAGGGGGCCGGACUUAAGACACGCCCACAACUCUUGGUGGUAGUUUCACUAAAUUAAGUUAUGUGGAUAAAGUUACCAGUAAUGUAGCUUAUGUUGUCUUGAAAUGGAAACAACGUCCUGCUGGUGAGUUCUGAACAUCAGUUUAAUGUUGAUCCAACACUGACUUACCGUAGUCAUGCACCAUCCCUGACUAGCAGCACGCAUGCUAAUGUCGUCAUGUUUGUCUGUACGUUUGUUCUGACGUUAAUGUGAGAUUACGCCCUUUAUUUCCUUAGCUCAUGAAAUAUAGGCCACAUCGGGUUCCUGCAACCAAAAUACGCGUUCGUAAACGUCGGCCGUGAACUUUGGGAGACGUAAAGCCCACUCGGCGCUCGCCUCUGCCAUAACCGAGCCGCUGGUGGCAAACGUCUUCCAGAUGAGGCCCAAACGGGUCUGCUGUCUGGCUUCUCUACUCCUUCUGAGGUCUGAAAGUGGCCUUAGAAACCUGCGUCUUCAGGGGGAAAGUAGAGGGCUCUUAUUAAAACACUUAAAGUGUCUGAAAACGUGACUUCACAACUAGGCUAGUCUAACUGGUUAGCUAACGGUCACCCAACCCGGGUUUUUAAGGACGUUGUUAAUAUAUAACCCGUAAAUUAAUAUUUAGUGUACAUUACUUUGUGUCUGCUACUUCGGUUGUGAAGCUAAGACGGCUAACCAGCAAAAACACGCAAUAGUUCACGUAACCGCGCUUCAACCGGUUAAUUGUACAGAAGACGCGCCCCCUGGUGUUCACCACAAAGAAGCACCGCUUAUAGGUUCCCGUUGAAGUUUUAGGCGCGCACGAGUCGAACAACAGAAGGAGGAGCUUCGCAGCUACGUCAGUAACGUGGUAACAUCGUCACAUGAGCGCACAGAAGCCAGGCUACCGUGUUACCCGCUCCUACAUCAGCUCAGACCGAACCGGUCCCUGCGGAGUUUUACUGCAACAUUUCUACGAUUACAUUUUUUUUUAUUGCCAGGUAGCAAAGUUUGGGAUUUGUGGUGGCUUUUAUGCUAUAAUUUUAAAAAAAGAAAGAAAAAAUAUACCAAUCAAAUUUACAAACAAGUCUUCAUAACUUCAUAUGUGGAACCAAAAAAAAUAUUUAAAAAUAAUAAUUAAAAGGGAACAAAAAAAGCCAAAUGACGUGGUCCCAAGGAUUCCUUUUGAAGAACGUCAUUUUGAAAUUUGCCUAAAAUGAAAUGAUUGACGCUGGACGAGUGUCUGUAAAUGAAUGUGUCCUCUCUCUAAAACAUCAUCCCUCGCUUAUUCACACACAAUGAUAAAUGAUAAAUCAUCCUUUUAUACCCAGAAACUCAAAAAAGGCCCCUUUUUCUGAUACGAUAAAGUUGUGCUGUAGGUUUGAAAGCUUGAAAACGUGAGUAACUCUGAUCCUUUUGUUUUAUGUACAGUGUGGAUUCUGCAUUAGUGCUCCUGUUAGUCAGCUAUGAAGUGUGGUGUCCUUCGUCCUAGAGUCGAGCAGGUAGACGUAGCUGGUAGUGGUCGACAGAAUCAAUGUGACAGAUGUCCUGACGCGGUGCCUUUCAACAAGUAAACGCUGGCUUGCAUUCAGUUCCUCUCGGUGUCCGAUUUCAAGAAUUUCAAUUUUUUUCUUUUUUUUCUUCUUUUUCUACAUUCUGCGGCUGUAAAUGAAGCAAAGCUUUGUCUAAAUUGUCUCAUAUAUUCUGAAUGGCUGUAUCGAUGUGCUGUGUGUUUAAUGGGUUCCUCACAAUCUUGUCACGGGAUAAUUCUGGUUAAUGACGGUCUGGACCUUGUAUGUGAAAGUUUUGCCAUCAUUUCUGUCAUGCAGGUUGAUUUCUGGAUAUUAAAUUCAUUUUCCUUCA